AUGGCGAGUAGUAGGUCCGUGGUGGUGUACGAGAACGAUGGCGGGGCGCUCUACAAUUACGUAAACAGCUACCUCUCCUCUCUCACAGUCAAUCCGGAGCAGCCGGCGCUCUUCAGGGCGAGCUUGAUCGACGACAAGACGCCCCUCAUCUUGGGGCUCCAGCCGGGCUUUCCCGUGCGUGACAAGUUCCAGGGCCUGGAUUUCGAGUGGAGCACGGGCGUGGCCACUGAUGAAUCGCGCUAUGUCAUGGCGGCGUUCCCGCCGCACUGCUCCAACGACGUGAUCCAGGCCUACUUUUCUCACCUCACCACCGCCUCCAAGCGCCGCCGCCUUUUCACCGUGAGGCCACCUGGUAUGCACGAGAUGAGCUGGGCGAGCUGCGAAUUCGAUCAUCCCGCGAGCUUGGAGACGCUGGAUUGCUCCAUGGAUGCCGAGCUCAAGCAGGAGCUGGUCAAGGAUCUGGAGGCGUUUGCGGGAGCUCGGGAUUACUACAGGAGCAUUGGGAAGGCGUGGAAGAGGAGCUACCUCGUUUAUGGCCGCCAAGCGACUGGCAAGGACCAGCUCGUGGCCGCCAUAGCCAACAAGCUCGGCUACGAUGUUUACGAUCUCGACACUGGCUUGGUGGGGAACAGGCGCAACUCAAGGAGAUCUUUAUGA